AUGGUGCGACAUGGCACUACUGCAAUUAAAAUUAUAAAAGCAAAGAAAUUUGAUUCGAUGAAACAAUCAUAUGAAUCAUUUAGACCUGAUUUUCCACCUAAUAUUAAAGCUAAUGAUGUUGUCAACACGGUAAAUCCAAAGUCACAUAAAUUUCCAAAUGGUUUUAUUAUUUACCGAAAAAUUACAAUGGACGGACCGAGGCUGAAGGAUCAAAAAUUAACAGUCUCCCAGGUCUCAUCGUUAGCGGGAAUACUUUGGAAAAGUGAGGAUAACCAAAUUAAAAAAUUUUAUCAAAAAUUAGCUCAAGACGCUGAAAUAAUAUAUAAACAGAAAGGCGGUCAACCUUUACAUAUGAUACAUUACGAUAGUGAGAGAGCCGCUUCCAAAUCAACAUUAAAUACCAUUAAACUAGAGGAACCUAAUUGUGGUAGCCCAGCUGUGAUCAAUCCCUCGAAUAAUUUAAAUAAUUCCAUCGACGUCCAAAUAACCCCUAUUUCAGAAAGCCACGUUACUAUUAAUGUUAAUUAUGAUAAUUCGAACAAUCAUUCAGAAUUCCAGCCAAAUUUUAUUUCUGAUACCAAUUUAGAAGUGAUAAAUUAUUCCGUAAAUUCAUAUACUGAUUGUGCAACCGGAAAUUUAUGUAAUAACAAUAAUAUUAGUAUUAGUAACAGUGAAUUUAUUUGUCCUUCCACCAAUAAUAAAAUACUUUUAAAAGGAGGCGGUGUAGAUAAUCGUGUUAAAGUGACUUUUUACGUGUAUUAA